AACACAGGAUACUUAUCCUGUUCGUAUCAUUUGAUACUUCAAAACAUUCCGGUUUGCAAGUAAGUGUUAUUUAAGAAGAGAGCCCUUGCUAUUCGCAUUAUAGGUCGCAAAGUUUCGGGGUACUGGGCGAAGAUGGCAACAAUGGAAGAGCACGAAAUUGCAGAAGCACACGCGGAUAAAUGUCGGACUCUCAAAUUUUCCAUCGGUCCACUAAAAGUAAACAUGAAUCCUGUCGUAAGCGUUGUCUCCGCAAUAGUAAUCUGGGGUUUGGUUGGGUUUUGCUUGAUCAAAGCCGACGUAGCAGCAGAAGAAAUGCCGAAAUGGACGAACUGGGUGACAGCCACAUGGACUUGGCUUUACAUAGGAACCCAAAAUGUGUGUGGCGUUUUCAUUGCCGUGCUUUUCUUUUCAAAAUACUCCAAGUUGAAGCUGGGAAGAGAUAAUGAGAAACCAGAGUUUAAUGACGUCUCAUACUUUAUGAUGUUGUUCGCUGCUGGUAUUGGCGUUGGAUUGUUCUACUUUGGUGUCGCUGAGCCCAUCUAUCACUAUGAGCCUGGAAGCCAGUGGGGAAACCGCUACCAGGGAAGGUACUCCGAUAACCAGCGCGCCCGAGAUGCUAUUAACAUGACGCUGUUCCACUGGGGAGUCCAUGGCUGGAUCGCGUACACACUUGUCGGGCUGUUCUUGGCGUUUUUGGCACACAGGAAGAGGAUGCCGAUGACGAUACGAUCCUGCUUCUACCAGUUCUUCGGCGAUCAUAUCUACGGUACACUAGGUGAUCUAAUCGAUAUCCUGUCGGUGGUCUGCACGAUGUUCGGCGUGUGUACGAGUCUCGGCAUCGGCGUCAUCCAACUCAACACUGGCUUUAAACGAAUGAACCCGAACAUCGAGGAAAACCGAACAAACCAAAUCAUUAUCAUCUGGGGUAUCACCGCUGUUGCUACAGCCUCAGUGGUCAGCGGUGUUAAACUGGGGAUCAGGCGCCUGAGUGAGAUAUGUUUCUGCCUCGGGAUGCUUAUGUUCUUUGUCGUCUUCUUCCAUGGCGACACGUGGUACUUUCUGAACGUGUUCGUCCAGAGCAUCGGUUACUAUCUGCAGACCUUUAUCCAGCUCGGCUUCCACACCGACGCCUUCGCACAAGCUGGAAAUGCCCCGGAUGAAAAGCAAGCUCCUGAUUGGAUGAACAGCUGGACUAUAUUCUACUGGGGCUGGUGGAUAGCAUGGUCCCCAUUUGUUGGGAUUUUUAUCGCGAAAAUUUCCCGCGGUCGCACCAUUCGUGAGUUUAUCUCCUACACGCUGACAAUCCCAGUGUUUUACUGCAUCAUGUGGUUCUCUAUCAUGGGAGGGGCAGGGCUCAAGAUGGAGAGAGACGCCGCGAUAGCGGGCAUCCAAUGCAACUCCACACUUGGUGGCGCGAUCUCUACAGCGCCUCAAGACGGGCUGUACCGCCUCUCUUGUCGCCCCUUCACCAGCAUGUGGUUUGACUUGAUGGAACAGUUUGACGGAAUCGCCCCGUUUCUCUCAGGAUUAUCCCUCGUCUGUUUGAUCCUCUACUUCGUCACAAGCUCCGACAGUGGCUCUCUCGUGAUUGACAGCCUCUCGGCCAAUGGGCAUCCAGAUCCGCCUAUCCCUCAGCGGGUAUUUUGGGCUGUGACGGAAGGGGCUACGGCCACUGCUCUCCUCUGGAUUGGUGGGAUAAAAGCAUUGAAGGCCUUGCAAGCGGCCGCUAUGUGCUCAGGGCUACUCUAUACUGUCGUAUUGAAUUCUUUUUGCGUCUUAUUUUGGCGCGUGUUGAAGAUUGAAUGCGGAGACAUGGACCCGAAUGGCCCCCAGUUCUCCUUAGAGCUUCUUGACCCAGUCUUCCACCCGUCAAUUGGCCGGCUCUACAAACUACUCAUUGCAAUCGUAGCGCCGUGGUGGCCGAUGGGUAACGCUAAUGCCAAGCUCAACCACACCACCCGCUGGACAAGAAUGGUUUUCAUGGCAAUGCCUUUCUAUGCCUGGGUGUUUUUGACAGCGUUACAGCCCAUAGAGAAAGGACUGGCGUAUUUGGGUUGGGCCUUGUUUAUGGGAUUUGUCGCGUUUGCAACGGGAUUACGUGCAGAAAUGCGGGACAAGUAUGGAAUCGUCGGGAACCUUUUAGAAGACAUGUUCGCCGUGUUGCUGAUGUACCCCCUUGUGGCUAUGCAAAUGAGCGAUCACAUGACCUGUACCAAGGAAUUGCCGAAUCAUCUGAAGCCAGAUGCAGGUGAAACGGAGAUGAUGAUGAAUCCUAAGGACAAGGAAAUCCAUGCAUGAUGACGAAACGGAAGGACAAGGAAAUUCGUGCCUUGUGGCUUAGACUUUGUAGCCAACAGAACUGAGCAAUCUUAAUUACUUCGUACUUAUAAGAAGGCCUGUAGCCAGAAUUAAACUUUUACCGAGGCAAAGCUAGUCACUGGGUGAUAAAUCCAACAAAAGCAGGCGUUUUAUCUUAUACUUUUCAAUUAUGAAACACUAAACAUCAAAUUUUUACCGAGGCGAGUGAUCCAAGCACUUACCCGCUCAGUCGUUGCCUUACCACCACAGACCAGACGCUGCAAAUGGGAUAAGUAUGUAAUAAAGACCUAAUCCAACAAGACACUGUGGUCUGCUCAGUACGUGUGUUUGAUUCUUUUAAACGUUGUCAGGGGCGUACGCAGCCUAGGUCUGCAGUCAAUAGUCCACAAAAAUUAGGCGAUCUUAUUUGCAUAACGAGGGAAAAAAUAUGUUUACUCAUGCAUGUUUAUGUACCUAUUUUUAUGUAUAUGAUAAGGAGAAAAACUAUAAUCAUGGUAGUCAACAGAUAAUUUCCAAACAUAUCGUUAUGUCGUUCAGUGCCAUGCGACGACUGAAGUCCUUUAUCAGAUUGAGGAUGACAGAGGAUAGUGUAAUAUCCUCAAACGUUUGACGCAUUGUCGCCAAUUUCAAACCCAAAAGCGGGAGCUAUGAAAUCUUCAGGGGGAUGCAAAACGAGAGGCCACGCCCCCAUCCCUCUACUGAAUGUUUUGACUGCAAAUUGGUAAAAUCUGCGUACGCCACUGAUUGCGUAGAAAAAGCUGCGGCUCUUUUGGAACAAAAGUACCUUUUCAAGCCCCUGACUGGGUCAUAUUUAACUCAUUAAGCGCCAAUGUGUCUAAGCUACUGAAUACGAUGGGAGGUAAUGGUUAAAGUGCCGCUGUUUCGAAUUGAUAGCAAAGGUCAACACAGUCAAUAUUCUCUCGUAUUUUUACUCGAGUCAUUUAACAUGUAAGAUAAUUGUGUUUCGCUUUUUCCCAGGUACGCGCAUGCGCUUACGUUAUUUACCACACACCACCAUCCAAACGAAUGAGCGUGCUUAAUCAAAAUGUAAUGGUUUUUUUAGCGAUAUAGAUUAAACUGUCUUGUUAUUACAUAAAA